CCAUCGUUUUCUACUAAGUUCCGGUGUAAUAUUUCCUAGUAUGAAUUGAUUUGGCCGGAGAAGUAUCUCGGCCGAAGACAACGACAUUCGGAUUGCUGCCUGUGUAACUAUUGUGUAGCAGCAGUUAUAUCAGACCACGUCGCCCGAUUAUUGGCUUGCUCGUUUGCUUACCUAACAUACUUCCUCCCGUUGUCACUAUCUAAACCAUACCACUUCCUUUCCCUUAUUAUCACGCUCUUUAGUUCAACCCCAGAAAUAAAUCAUGGCAGACCCAUCUACAUGUCUCCCUCUAACGCGGGAUUCCGUAGCAGCAGCGCGGGUGCUUAUCAAGCCCUUCGUGCACCGGACGCCUGUAGUCACGAGCUCUUCGCUAUCGGCGUUAGCUUCUUCCCCCUCCGCGGCCUCUGAUUUGACGGAAGAGGGGAAGAGGAAAGCGAACCCGAAGUUGAGACUUUGGUUUAAGUGUGAGAAUUUGCAGAAGAUAGGUGCUUUUAAGGCGAGAGGGGCGUUUCAUGCUAUUGAGAGGUUGAAGAGGGAGCCUGGGUGGUUGGCUGGGGGAGGGGCGGAGAGGGGUGUUGUUACGCAUAGCUCUGGAAACCACGCACAAGCGCUCUCGCUCGCAGCCCGCACCAAUGGUAUACCUGCAUAUAUCGUAAUGCCAACUAUUUCAGCACCACCCAAGAUCGCCGCGACUAAGGGUUACGGGGCCAAUGUCGUAUUCAGCGGCAGCACAAGUGUUGAACGCGAGGCCGUCACAGCGAAGGUCAUUGAAGAGACCGGUGCUCGACUCGUACCGCCCUACGAUCACCCGGAUAUUAUCUUAGGGCAAGGAACCCUAGGUCUGGAAUUUCAAGAACAAGUUGAAGCUUCAAUAGCUGAGGAAAAUGAGAAGAAUGGAAAGACAGACACGGGGAAAAAGAGAAAAGGGCUAGACGCUAUAAUAGCUCCUUGUGGUGGAGGCGGUAUGCUAUCCGGCUUAGCCCUCUCCUGCGAAAACACAGGAAUCCGUGUCUUCGGAUCAGAACCCUUAUUCCAAGGCGCCGACGACGCAAAACGCGGCUACGAGUCCGGAGUCCGCGUCGAAGCCGUAUCCACGCUAACCAUUGCUGACGGUUUACGCACACCCGUAGGUCAUAUUCCCUGGUCUGUUAUUUACGAGCGACGGUUGGUAGCUGGGUUCUACAGCGUGAGCGAGAGCGAGAUCAAGCGUGCGCUGAAGUUGGUGUAUGAAAGGUUGAAAUUGGUUGUUGAGCCGAGUUCUGUGGUGCCGUUAGCUGUGGCGCUGUAUAAUGAGGAUUUUAGGGCUUUAGUUGAGAGGGAGGCCGGUGAGGAGGGAUGGGAUUUGGGGAUUGUAUUUAGUGGUGGGAAUGUGAGUUUAGAUGCGUUGGGGAAGUUGUUUGCCGAGGAAGAGAGCUGAAUAGGUACGGUAUAGCAGGUGAUAGAUGCUCUAUCUGCUUAAGGACGUGGUGAUGUUGUUACCUGCUUCCGGUUUUGUUACAUUGAGACUCAGAAGCCAUUGACGUAAGGCAAAAUAGUUCUUAUCUGUGAGUUACAUUAACUCAAAUAUACCUAGGUAUUCGCACAAUGACGUACA